AACGUUUAUCAUUAGUCAGAAUAACUUGCUACAACACGCAUUUAUUAAAGACAAUAUUAAAUAUUAAGUUUAUUUAACAAAAUUAUUGUAUUUUAGUGAAGUUCUCAGCUCAUUUUUGAAGCAAGUGCUUAGGAAAUUAAGUGUGGUAGUGUGAUUAUGUGUUUAUAUUUGUAAAGAAAAUGAAACACCUCCUAAUCCUGUUCGGCCUCUCGGCUUUAACGACAGUAAUAUCCGGCAAAAGCCAUUGUCACGCCUGCUUCGACAGUAUUUGCUAUUCCAAAGCUCUAAUAUUUCAAAACUAUCCAAUAUCCGGACAAUUAGCUGUCGACAGGGUCGCCAAUGUUGUUUAUUUCCAUUACGAAGACACUCGGCCUUUAGAUCACACUGUUGCAUUUGAUUUAGACGAUAUUAGAUUCUUGUAUAUUCCGGAUAUACAAUUUUCCUUCGCUCGAGCUGUUGACCAGACGACGAGGGAAGUCUACAUCGGUGGCGCGAAUGGCAUCUAUAAAUACAAUCCAAUUACAAACGUAACAACUAGAUUCGCCCUAAAUGAUAAAACAAUAUGGCAUAUGCAGUUUAAAGACAAGAUAUACUACACUAUAUUCAUGACUAAAGGGCUGUACACAUAUGAAAAGAAACAAUCUAAAACUGUGACUGCGUUGAAGGACUACACGAUCGAUGAUUUUAUCGUCGAUAAGAAAGAUGAUAUUUAUUUCAUGAGCAAUUUCACUGUUUAUAAAUUGAAGAAGGGGGAAAAUAAGGCCACGUUGUUUUCCACCAUAAUAUACUCUCUCACUACUGAUAUAAAUGACAACGCAUAUUUCAUACAACGAGAUACAAGAGGGUUGUAUAAAAUCGACUAUAGGACUGGAAGAUUGUCUGAAGUCGGUGCUUUUGGGAGCGGAUCACCUUUUAGAACUGUAUUCGACAAUUAUAAUAAUGUGAUUUAUUAUGAUGGGAAUAGUGAUCAAUUGUUUUAUUUAACACCAAAUUAUGGACGUUGUAAAGUGACUGACGAAGGGAAAGGGAGGAAGUUGAAGAAAAAGGUGUCUUCGUUUUUUGAUAGUGAUGUGUGAUCAAAUAUUCGGCUUUCGGCUUUAGCCGAAUAGUGAGUGUUGGGACGUUAAGACCAGUUAUUUAUUGUACACUGAUUUUAGAUCAACCUAUUUCAAUCUAUCUUUAUUCAUUUUCGACUUUCUGUCAAUAGAAUAAAGUUGAAUGUGUAAUAGAUUGCUAGCCAUCGUAUUUGGUGCGGUUUAUUUUUUAUGAAUAUAAAUAUAUUGUGAUAUUUUAAAUGA